AUGGACGGUGAUUCGUCAGCUCAGAAAGUGCCGUUAAAUCGUUCAUUUGGAGCCGAGUUCAAGAAAUUUCUAUUGAAGCCUUCGUGCACAGUAGCACAAACCGGCAUCCUCAGAUCGGGUUCGCGGUCGGAUGCUAGUUCUACGUUUUCUGAUAUCGAAAUAAGAAAUAGUACCAAUGCUGGAUCAUUUGGUUCGGAGAUCGUCCCCAGAGCGGGUUCCCGGUUGGAUGCAAACCGUUCUGUGAUUUCUGCUAUCGAAACAGGAAAUGUUCCCAAUACCGGUUCAUUUGAUUCGAAGAUCAUCCCGAAAUCGUGUUCCCGGCUGGAUUACAACCGUUCAAUAACCGGACUCGAAGAAAACAUCAAUAAGGAUCAUUCUAAUGCACAGUCUGUUCAAAAGGCGUCGUUGAACUAUCCAUUCAGUUCGGAGUUUCAUAAAUCGCUGUCUAGUUCUACGCGCUCGGCAUUCCAGGACUUGAGCAGCAUUGAAACUCCAAAAUCGCUGUCUAGCUCUACGCGCUCGGCAUUCCAGGACUUGAGCAACAUUGAAGCUCCAAUGUCGAAUUGGCCUGGUAAAACAAUAGCUAAUGAAUUGAAACGAUAUGCAGGUCGCAUUGUUGAAAAGGUGUCGAGUGGUUCAUUCAAACCAAAACUUGAAAAAUCCAGGUUAUCCUCUAUUAAACCUGCAUUGAGGAAUCUCAGUAGGGUUAACACUGAAUCUGGUCGGAAAGUGUCGUUCGAUGGUUUGUUUACGUCAGAACCCGACAAAUCCUUGUCAGUAUCUACGCGCUCGGCAAGAGUACGUUCGCAGAACUUUGAAAUGCGUCAUGGAUCCAAUUCUCGUCGCCUUGCCUUGCCUGGAGAGAAAAUCGUGAAAUAUUCGAUAUCACAGCCGGCCUUCAAAGUACGGAGAGCGCUGUUCACUACCAACAAAAGUACAGUUGGUUCAACACCUAAACAUGUUGACCAUGAUAAUUUUUUGUCUGCAAGCUUAGAUGUUUCCUUCAACCAAAUCGUCACAUCAACGCCGAAACACUUGCCGAAACCGUAUAUGGCUCCUAUCGAUUACUCAAUGAAAUCGUCCACUGAAGCAAUGGACCUAUCAAUAAAUAAUUCAAGCCCAAAAGCACUAUGUUUGGUACUACCAACUCUGCACAACACACCACAGCAAGUACAAACCUAUAUAUCUCCGAUAGACUUGCGUUUAAUCAAAGCCAGCCCUGUUUUGCCGAACGCACCGGAAUGCCUUCAGGAGCCUAAGCGAGGAAGAAAACAGAAAAUCGGCAUUGAAGAUCAUUUUGAUUCGGAUUUAUAUGACUUUGAAAGCGAUGCCGAAAACUGA